CCUCGCACUCUUCACACCGACACGCUCACCCACUGACAGACUGACGGCCACCAGAGCUCCGGAUGCUUCCCUGAACAUCCAUCGCGGAUAUAAAGGAUUGAGACGGACGGAUUUUACACCCGAGAUCAUCUGGGAAGAUAUCGCAUGUGAGGAGUGUUUAAGAUUCAAGCUGGAACUUAAAGACACACUUUUAAUUUAAAUCAGAAAACUUCUUUUCUCUUUUUGAAUCACCUAAACAUCUAAAUUUUCAGACAAAGACAUUUUUAAAAAGGACUAAAACACGGCCUUGCAUUUGGAAAACAAAGGACACAUCAGCUUCCUGGUGACGUCUCUCCCGGCGCCUUGUCAUCAUGAGCAGCGGAGGAACCUCCACUGUUCCCCCUCCGGAGCCUCAGGCUUUCAAACGCGCCGUUCGGAAGAUAAAAUGCGCCGCCAUGGUGGCUAACUUGGCUAAGAGCUGGCAGGGCUGGGCCACCGACCACUCGGAGAAGCAGGACGCCAUCCCGAGCGGCUGGAUGCCGACGUCCGUUGAAGAGGAGGACGAAAAACAACAAAACCACGUGGUCAAACUCACGGUGACGCCGCGAGUCGUCGUAGCCGAUCGCAGCGACGCCGGAGGGAGUAAAAUCAGAGCGUGCACGGUGACAAAGUCCAUCCAGCCUAAACGCAGCGAGUGCAGCAGCAGCGAUUUGAUCAGCGCAAUCAAAGGGAAAAUGGAAUCCGGUCCGGAGCAGAACAAGCCGUUCCUGGGCAACGAGUCACCGACACGGCGGCGCCAAAUGAGAGCGCUGCAGAACGCAGGAGGAGGAGGUGGAGUCAUCCAGGACCGGAGGCUGAUGUUGCAGGAGAAGAAGCUCGGCUCGAGGAGCAGCAGCGUCGACACGGAGGACAGCGGGAUCGGAGAGGAGGCGGGGCUUAGCGACAACGAGCCGAAGAGCGAGCAGAAUGACAUCCUUCCAAAGAAACACACGACUCGGCCGAAGGUCAAGAUCGUCACCACCAAUGACAUCAAGAGCCGCUGGCAGCAGUGGUCGCAGCAGCACAUCGAGGGCCAGAAGCUGAACCCGUUCAGCGAGGAAUUCGACCAUGAAUACGCCAUGGCUCAGCGCGUACGCAAAGGCGAGUCGGGCUACGGCCGACCCAAAGACGGCUCCAAGACGGCGGAGAGGGGCGACCGGGCCCAGAAGCACAUCCACAGAGAGAUGGAGGAGAUGGUGUGGAUCAUCAGAGACAUGAACUACAAGGACAAAGAGGGCAGGACCGUCAUCAGCUUCGGGCGCCUCUUUGACCGAUACGUGAAGAUCUCAGAUAAGGUGGUGGGCAUCCUGCUGCGCUGCCGCAAACACAAGAUGGUGGACUUUGAGGGCGAGAUGCUGUGGAAGGGACAGGACGAUGAUGUCAUCAUCACACUGAGGGACUGAGGACGGGAGGGAUGUGUGAUGAACAAUAAAAAAACUCUUUAGACGCUUAACGUGUCCUCGAGACAAAAACGGAAUAGUUUACAGGAAGUUCAUACAAGAGGGAAAAAGUUUAGAGAUAUUUAUAAUGCAUGGA